GACUUUAUGGCGUGGGGUGGCGGAGGGAGAGUCAGUGUGGUGUGGUUUUGACCAGAGGGACAUUAUGUCGUAAACGAGUGACUUUUUGCGUGCCAGAGGAUUGCCGGAGGACAUCAUUUCACACUUGGAGGAGCAGGGGAUAAAGUGACUGAUGGAGGGUGCAACUCAACCAGUGCCUGAAAAGCCGGAUUUGGAUGACUUAAUCAAGCUAUGUUUUAGACUUGCAUUCAGCAACAAGGAAAUACUUGCCGUUUUAGCACAUAAUGCUCAGACUAUUAUAAGUAUUCGGACUCUGAAGAGAACUUGUAAAAGACUUGGUCUGUUCCGAAGAAAGAAUCAGUCGGACCUGGGAGAUGUGUUGGCUUUUGUCCAGCAUGAAAUCCUGACUUGUGGCCAGAUGCAAGGUUAUCGCUGGCUUCAUCUACGUGCGAUUCAAAAAGGAUUUGUUGUCUCACAAGAUACAAUAAGACAAAUUAUAAAAUUGGUUGACCCAGUCGGCGUGGAAUUAAGAAGAGCACGACGCCUUAGAAGACGCCAGUACAGCUGCAGAGGCCCAAAUGCUCUUUGGCACAUGGAUGGCUAUGAUAAAUUAAAACCCUAUGGGAUUUGCAUCCAUGGUUGUAUUGAUGGGUUUAGCCGGUAUGUGUUAUGGGCAGAGGCCUAUACCACAAACAAUGAUCCCAAGGUGAUUGCAAGUUAUUUUAUCAAAACAGUUUCGCGCAUUGGUGGAUGUCCAGAGAGGAUCCGUGCAGACAGGGGCACAGAAAAUGGUUGUGUUGAACAGAUGCAAGUGUUUUUGCGACAAAACCACUCUGACAAUUUUGCUGGGGAGAAAAGUUUUCUUUACGGGAGAAGUACUGCCAAUCAGCGCAUUGAAGGGUGGUGGUCCAUCCUUCGCAAACAGAGCGCACAGUUCUGGAUUAAUUUAUUUCAAACUCUUCAGGAGGAUGGUCACUACACAGGAGAUUUUCUGGAUGAAAGUCUUAUCCAGUUCUGCUUUCUUAAUCUUGUGCAGGAUGAGCUGGAUGAAGUUGUGAACACAUGGAACUCACACAAAAUAAGACCAAGGUCGAACGGCGAUACAGCUUCAGGCCGGCCAGUCGUCAUGUAUUCAUUCCCUGCCAUGCACAGUGCCGAGGAUCGACUAAAACCCACUGGAAUGCAAGAUAUCACUGCGUGUAUGGAAGAGUGCACUCCAAAAUGCCAGUUUCCUUGCGAUGAAACUGUAUUUGAACUGUGUUGUCUGCUAAUGGUGAAAAUGAAUGGUACGCUCCAUCAGAUCCAUUGCAUGCAAGUGACUUGUAUCUUAUGUUGAGAGAGGAAUUACUGA